ACCACACCUUUCUUCCUCUUAACCCUACUUUUUUCCAGCCGCUACGGCGCCACACCUUUCUUCCUUAUUCUUCAACUUCCUUCUCCCUCCUCUCGUCUUCCAUUUGAUCGCAUUGUUUCUCAAUUUUUAUUCUUCUUCUUUGAUCUUCCAUCUACAACUCUUCAUCUCCAGUGUUGGUCAUCGGGUUCGGGGCGCAAUGAUUUUUCUUUCUUCUUCCCUUUUCCGUUGAUGUAAUGGAAAUUCACUGGCGACCACCGAGUUUGGGGGGCAGCGGACCCUCUGGGUUCCUAAGUAGCUCCGCCCCUGGUUUGGGGGACUUGGAGAUUAAUUGGUUCCAUAGUUUAAUUAAUCAUUAUGUAGCUGCAAUGGCCCUUGCCAUACAAGAGCUAGCCCCGGAAGAGUUUGGAAGAUUUAAAGAUUACGAGGGAAAAGACAAAGUGAAGGCGAAGGAUAUGGAGAAGGAUAACGAAUUGCAGUUGCUGCAAGCUGUGCAGAAAAGGUCCUUAAUGUUAAAGAGCAAGAAUCUGGCAAAUGAUGGAUGGGCUGAGCGAUCACUAGUUCCUGCAACUGAAGACAACCAGGGAACAAGCUCUGGUCAUUCCAAUUUGAGAACGGUGCCGACAUUAUCUAAACAACAACAUCAACUGAGCUCCUCCCAACCAUCGGCUUAUAACUGGAAUGAAGAGUUCCCAGCUUCAGUUGUAAGGAAAGAUGUUAAGCAGGGCUGGAAAAAAAUAAGCUUCGUAUUGGUUUUGCUACAGCCCCUCUGAUAUCAUAUAAAACAAGAGGGGUACAGUCGGAAUCCCAUAACUCCAAGAAGAAGAAAUUGAGUUUGGGAAAAAAAAAAAAAAAAAGAACAACAACAGUAAAAACAACAAAACUGGUAGAAAUGACUGGGCGGAAACGGGCGUCGCUCUCAGCCACCACUGAGUCCAAGUGCAAUGAAAAGGUUCUGGUAAAAAAUACAAGGCAGAAUCCGCGGCGCAAACCCAAAAAGAUCAAGCUCCUUGAUGAAUUAGUUCUACCUCAAGUUGAGAUUAGGGAUACACAAGAAAAGUUCAGUAAUCAACAGUGUGGCGUAGAUUCGAAUGGCCAAAAGGCCUGUGGCAAGAGAACUACAAGCACAACUAUUGCGGUAGAUUGUGGAUCUGAUGAUGAUGCUGCGACUGAGAAUCAGAAACAAACUAUGGAGAGUGCAAAAACAACACCACCACAUUCUUCAAUGGCAGAGAUCCAGCUUAAUAGUGCACCGGUGGUCGACCUCUCAGCCGCCACUAAAUGCAUGACCAAAGAAAAGGUGCCGGUUAAGUACACAAGGCGGAAUCGGCGCCAACCUAAGAUGUGUGAACCUUCUCCAUCCACCCUAGAAUACGGCGAUGAUGAUGAUAGGGAGAAGAAAAAGACAAGACUUGCUGGUGAUUUAGUUCAACCUGAUAGGGAGAUUAGUGAAACGAAAAAAAAAUUAAGUGAUCAACAACGUGGUGCAGAUUCCACUGGCCGGAAGGCUGGGGGCAAGAGAAAGAAAUGCACAACCAUUGUUGUUGAUUGCAGAUCUGAUGAUGUUGCCGCGACUGAGAAAAAGAAAGAAAAGAAGCAGAAAGGAGUGAUAGUGAGUGAGGAGACGACAAAAGCAGAUAGUUGUAAAACAAAUUCAGUCGAAACAAAGUGUGGUCCUAUACCAACACCAUUGCCUGAUAAGAAAUUGUUGACAGGCAUUCUUAGCAAGCUGCAAGAGUUGGAUGUUUAUGGGGCGUUUUCUAAUCCUGUGGACAUCAUAGAUGUGCCCGAUUAUUAUGAUGUGGUAAAGCAGCCUAUGGAUUUUCCAACUAUUCGAAAGAAGCUUCGGAAAAGCUGUUACAAGUCCUUGGAAGAUUUGGAGGCUGAUGUUCAACUACUCUGUUCCAAUGCAAUGUUGUUCAAUGGGCCGGACACUGUCUACCAUAAACAGGGGCUUGCCAUCCAAAAUCUUGCCAAUGAAGAGUUUGGAAAACUUAAAAAUCCUGAGGGUAAAGAUGCAGUAUUGGACAAGGAUAAUGAUAAGAAGAAGGAGAAGGCUCAAGAAGUCGAAUUACAGUUGCAGCAAGCUGUGCAGGAAAGAAGAAUAAGGGGAAAGGCUCCGGAAAAUAAUGAAUCAAUAGACAGAUCACCAGCUCUUGCAGUUGCCCCGACUGAAGAUCAUCAGGGAACAAGCUCUGGCCGUUAUAAUUUGACAAAGGGGCCGGAAUUGUCCUACUCUUACCGCAAAGAACAAUCUGACAGCACCUCCCAUACAUUGGCUUAUAGUUGGAACCAAGAAUUCCCAGUUUCGGUUGUAAGGGCAGAUGCUAAGCAGGGCCGGAGAAAUACGGCCGUGGAUUUGAACCGCCGUGGCACAUACAAUCAGCCAUGUCCCCAUUCCUCUCCUCCCACUUCCUUAACCAACCUUGCAAAGGAGCCCCAUCAUUUGGUACCGAUCUCAUCGGGAAGCUUGCGAGAUCCUCUCUGUUAUGCUAGAAGUCUAGCACAAUUUGCUGCUGAUUUGGGGCCGGUGGCUUGGAAAAUUGCUUCCAAGAAGAUUGAAGCUGCCUUACCGAUUGGGACAGCAUACGGUCCAGGUUGGGUAGGUGAACCCAUCCCUGCUACGCCGAGAAGCCAGCUGGCAUCAUCGUCAUCACAGCCGAACUAAGAUUUGCAGUUUUAAGGAAUUGAUGAAUGUUUGAAGGAACAGGUGGUUAGAAACGACCGCACAGCACUGAAUUUGUGCUAGCUCUUUGCCCUUAAUUUGCGUGUAACCGUGAUGGUGUUGGGGUAGAAUCGGGUAUGUUCUUGAUUCUUGAAGACAAUCUAAAAGUAUGAAAUGUUAGAUUUGAUAACUUUUAGGUUUAGAUAUGGAUAUUUAGACAAUCUAAAAAUAAGAAUAUGAAAUGACUCAUUUAAGUUCCAGAGGAUGAAAUUGCAGAGACAAUAUGAAAAAAAGAAUAUUUAGACUCUUUACAUCAAUCCGGUUACUCUUAGGAGAUUUUUAUGUUUGCUAUUU